AUGCCUCGUCACUCUUUUAUCAACACUUCCGCGGAUCACUUGAAUCCUCGACAAGAAACGACCGUUGAUGGACUAACAUCCAUCGACACCUUUACUUACAAGGGGGAAACAUGGACGGCAUACGAAGACAUCACUCGAUUCGAUGGCCCGCUCGUCUUGGUGUCUGCUUCUGGAACUCGCAGAGAGAUCAAGCGAUACGUUGAAGCCUCCACGGACGAGUCUGUAUCUAUCAACCGAACGGUCGACGCAUAUUUUGGCCUGGAUCCUGCAAACGAUGUCAAUCUCAAGCAGAAUGACGUGUUGGCAGAGCGUCUUCUCCAAGAUGGUGAACCUAUUGAGGAACACGUUCGCGACGUCAUCGACCUGUCCUUCCUGCCGUGGGAUGUGUACCUUGGAAACGUCCAGGCUAACGAUACGAUGGCCCUGGACUGGCAGUCCAUGACAAAGAACUACGCACCCUGGAAUGACAUGUCGGAGGCUGCAGACGGAACUCACUCUAAUUACACUUUCGAUGGCUUGCUCAACGGAUGGAUGCCUGCUUCUCGAAAGAUUUACCGGGGCCUCGUUGACACAACCGACUGGGUUGAUAUCACUACAUUCGCCGACGUCGACUCUCCAGAUCCCGAUAUCGUUCACAUUUGGUUCUCUAUCAAGUAUGUCAAGGGCGGAGUCCUGCGUGCACAGAAGUAUGCUCUGGAUUACAAGCAGUUCCUGCCCUUGAAGGCGCAUCCUACUGCCGAUGACUUUUACCCUGCUUUGAUGCGGUUCGCCGACUACUGGGACUCGCACGUCAAAGACGAAAUAUCUUUGACUCUUCCGGAUGAGAGUUGGUCGGAUAUUGGAAAACAUGCCUUUGCUGUAGAGCUUGUUGGUCGCGCUGGAGGUGUCACUCCGAGGUACGGUGCCUUUGAACGCGACUAUGGCGGAUCAGAAUAUGACGGCUUCCAAGACAUCAUGACCAUGUCGCUCACAGCUAACUUGGCCUGGGGACGAUUUGCUCAGGCCAAGGCCAUCCUUGAGAACUACAUGGACUGGUAUGUCUACGACAACGGAGCCAUCAAGAUGCGUGGGCCUGCCGUGCCCCAGUUCGGCAUGUCACUUUCUUUGAUCGCACGCUAUGUCCAGUACACGGGCGACACUGCGUUUCCGGAGAAGUACAAGACGAAGAUCCUCGCCUGGGCCAACAUGCUCACCGCGCGCCAAGACGAGAACUUGAAGCUCCCUGAAGAUGAUCCAUACUACGGCCUCAUUUCUGGCUGGAGCGAAUCUGAUGCUGCACUGAGAAACGAUGCAUGGCGAUUCGAGAAACCAUACUGGAACAAUGCGGCGUUCGCUGCUCGCGGUCUUAAAGAUCUUAGCAAGAUUGAGACAUUUGCCGACCAUGCCAACGACUGGAACACUCGCGCUGAGCAGCUCAUAAACCAGACAUCCCUCAAAUUGGACCAAUGGAUCCAAAGGAACUUCACACCUGCAUAUGUUCCUGUCCUGCCGAAUGAAACAACCCAUGUUCUCGAAGACCUGGCCGAAAAGGGAGACGCAUCCUCUCAGUGGUGGCCGCACCGGGUCUACUCGGAACUGCUUCAAGCAUCAGUGCUCUCAUCAAACCAUACUGACAUGGUAAUUGACUCCAUGCGCGCCUACGGAAUUACUAGCGUGGGUGUCGUUGCCAACGUCACGCCCCUUAGGUCUGAUACUCGCGACAUCUUGGGCUUCAUUUCAUAUGGAUACGCCCUUUCGUUGCUUGUCCAGGACCGCCUUGAUGAGUUUGUGCUCUUCUUAUACUCUCAUCGGUAUCAUGUCUAUAACAGGGGCUUAUGGCUUGCGGCUGAAGUUGCCGGAACUGGAGGUGGUUCCAGCACAUACUGCCAGCCUUCCCAGUUUACGGUCCCCGUCUUGCUUAGAGCAGCAUUGUUAUUCGAUCACCCCGACAAGGAUGCUUUGCUAGUUGGACGAGGCGUUCCGAGGAAAUGGCUUAGCAAGGGUAAGGUCGGAGUACAGAGAGCCCCGACCAAAUGGGGAUCAGUCGACCUCGAUAUGCAGCUGGACGAGAAGGCGGCUACCAUCACGACCGUUUUAGGUUUCAGUAAGGCGCCUCCAGCUGAAGUCUGGGUUAAGCUGCGGGUUCCAGAAGGGAGCCAACUCAAGAAUGUCACCGUCGACGGUAGCGCGGCGGAGUGGAAGGGAGAAGAGGUCAUAUUGAAGCUUGCCUCGACGGCGCGUAAUGCUACUGUCGUGGGAACUUUCUAG